AUGUCUCUAUCACAAUACAAGUUCGAAAUACUACCCCACGACGAGCUGAGUGUACAGCAAUGGGCUCCCAAAUUCAUCGAGUUCCGCCUGAACGCCCUCAAAGCAGCCCCUGCAAGCUUUUCAUCGUCCUAUGAAAAGGAAGCUCGCAUCACCAAGGCAGAUUGGGUUUCACUGCUCAGCGAGCCCGCCUUUAGGGUCGUCAUUGCUGUUGUUCGAACGGAUGAUGAUUCUCUUCCUGUAUGGGAGAGUGAGUGGGUAAUGACUUCAAAUCUCUAUGGACCUCGCUGCCACCACCAACCCUACCAUGACAAUGCAACCGACUGUCACGAAUCGUCCUGGUACGUGGCGGCCUCCUUCGUUUCUCCUCAACACCGGCACGGGGGCAUGUUACUUGAAGCCUUUUACACGUGCGAGCGAGCAGCCGUCAGCGAAGAUAGACAAUCAUUCGAGAAGCGACACCAAGCUCAACUUCUGCGACGAUCUGGACGAUCACUACAAUACCGAACACGCAUGCUGGGCACUCUGACUCACAGGCAUCCCGCUGUUUUGAAAUACUACCGAUCGACCGGACUGGAAAUUUCAUACACUAUGCAGGUGAAGGACUUUGCUCGAUGGGGGUGGAAAGUUCCGGUCAACCCUGAGAAGUUAGACAAGGAGAUAACUGUGAUGGAGAAGAUUAUUCCAUGGGAAGCCGAACCAAUGGCCCGACUGUAA